GCGCGGCCAGGGGCGCACACGCAGGCUCACACUCACACACACGCGAUCACACUCAGCCCAGCCGCGCACCCGGGGUGCUCAUCCUCUGGGUCCAGCCCGGCCGGGCCGGAGCGGGGAGCGUGCACCGGGUGGCCGCCGGGCGGGACAGUCGCGGAGAGGGGAACUCGCCAGUCCGCUAGCCCGCCCGCCUGGGAUCCCCGGGCUCUGACUCGGCCGCCGGCCGGGGGGCGCGGGGGCUGCGGGAUGCGGGCUGGCGGCCGCCGGGGCCCGGGGGGGCUGCAGGCUCUGCUCGUGGCGCUCGGGGCGGCGGCGGCGGCGCUGGCGCUCGGGGCAGCCGCCUACAACCUGGCCCCGGAGCGCGCCGUGCUCUUCCAAGGGCCCCCCGGCUCCUUCUUCGGCUACGCGGUGCUCCAGCACUUUCACGACAACACCCGCUGGGUCCUGGUUGGUGCUCCGAAGGCAGAUUCGAAGUUCAGCACUUCUGUGAAGUCGCCCGGCGCUGUCUUUAAAUGCCGAGUCCACACCAACCCAGACAGGCGGUGCACAGAACUGGACAUGGCUCGAGGAAAGAGUCGAGGCACGUCUUGUGGCAAGACCUGCAGAGAAGACAGAGACGAUGAAUGGAUGGGGGUCAGCUUGGCGAGGCAGCCCAGAGCCGAUGGCCAAGUGCUGGCCUGUGCACAUCGCUGGAAAAACAUCUACUAUGAAACGGAUUACAUCCUGCCCCACGGCUUCUGCUAUGUCAUCCCGGCCAACCUCCAGACCAAAGGCCGAACCCUGAUCCCCUGCUACGAAGAGUAUAAGAAGAAAUACGGGGAGGAACACGGCUCGUGCCAAGCUGGGAUAGCGGGCUUCUUCACUAGUGUGAGUAUUGUCAUGGUGCACGUGUGUGCAUGUACACGUAUGUGUGCAUGUGACUGCGUGGGUGUGGCACACAUAUGUGUGUGCACACGUGUGUGUGUGAGCACAUGUGUGUGCGCGUGGUGGUGUCAUUUGGGUCACUGCUUCUCUUUUGUGCCUUUCAAUCUGGGCUGAAGGAGCCUCUCUGGGCCUCGGUUUGCUGGUUGGAGUUCGCAGCCUCUGCCUCUGAGUCUGAUCCUGGGACAUCUCCGGGUCUGUUUUCCCAUGCGUGAAGGGAGGCUUUGGCGGCCUCUCGGGUCCAAUUCAAAGUUUACGAAGCUCGAACCCCGGGA